CGACAUUGACACCACGUGUUUGUCGCUUUCGGAAUUUUGUGUGUGUAAGUGUAACAUAACCUCUUCGAAUUGGUGUUUUUAGCAUUUUCUAGAGAAAUAUUUUAAAAUGGUAGCUCCAAAAAAGCCUCAAAAAAGAAAACAGACUGUUCAAGCAUCUCAAAAAAUCAUCGAAGAAGUUCAAAAUGACGAGGAGAGCGAUUCGGAAGAAACUGUGAAUUCGGAAAGUGAAGAUUUAUUAGCAUCAGAAGUAAACGAUGAGGAUGACAGUAGUGACGAGGAGGCAGAGGAUCUCGAAGAAAUUCCCGACUCAGACACAGAAAAAGAUCCCUUAAUUUUCGACUCUGAUGGUGAAAUCAGCGAGUUGGAAUUAGUCACUGAUUCCGAGGAGGAUGUCGACGACGCUGACGAGAGUGAGGAAGAAAACGCCUCUGGCGAAUCAGACUCGGAAAACGAUUCUGAAAAUGAAUCUGACUCGAAGGGCUUGGAUUCAACAAACGAAUCUGUAUCCGAAUCGGAAGAAUCAGAAACAGUCGAAGAAAGUAUAGUUAUUCCAAGAAAAGCCCGAGCGAAAAAAUCCAGCAAACGCACAAAAUCGAAGGAAAUAAAAUCAAAAGAAACUAAAGCUCAAGAAACCAAUUCCAAAGGAUUGAGAUCGGAGAAAGGAAAAACUAAAGAAGCCAAAAAUAAGGCAAAGUUGAAUCAAGUUAAAUCUAAGCAAAAAUCAGAUAAAUCGAAUUCCGAAAUUGUCAGAAAGAAUUAUAAAAAUUUAAAGUCUGUGGACAAUGUAACGGAAACUAAAGCCGAGGAAAAUAUCGCGGGAAAAAGUAGUGGAGAAAAUUCAAGUAUAGUGCCUGACGAGUACGAAAUCGAUAGUUCGGAUGAAGAAGAUAUUCGAAAUACGAUUGGCAAUGUACCAAUGAAGUGGUAUGAUGAUUAUCCACAUCUUGGAUAUAAUUGGGACGGAAAGAGGAUUUUGAAACCGGAAAAGGGCGAUCAGCUCGACAAUUUUCUGAAGAGGAUGGAAGAUCCAGAUUUUUGGCGAACGAUAAAAGAUCCACAAACUGGGCAGGAUGUUGUGCUGAGUGAAGCGGACAUUCAACUCAUCACGAGGAUACAAAAACAGAAGGUCCCGGAUGCACAGUUUGACGAAUACGCGCCAUGGGUUGAAUGGUUCACAUCAGAAGUGAUGAAGACGCCACUGCGAAAAUUCCCAGAACACAAGCGAUCCUUUGUGCCUUCGAAAGUCGAGGCAAAGAAGGUUUCGAAGCUCGUCCACGCCUUGAAGAUGGGCUGGAUAAAAUCCACCGAAGAAAUGGAAAAGGAGCGACAGCAGAAAAAAGGGGAACCCCAGUUUUACAUGCUCUGGGAUACUGACGAUCAAGCUGAGGAGAUGCGUCGUAUUCACAAACAUAUUCCGGCACCCAAGAGAUUUUUGCCAGGUCAUGCUGAAAGUUAUAAUCCGCCAGCUGAGUAUCUAUUUGACGAGAAAGAAAUGAAGGCUUAUAAUAAAUAUAAGAACACUCCUUGGAAGAGGAAAUUGCAUUUUAUUCCGCAGAAGUUUGAAUCGCUGAGACACGUUCCUGCUUAUCCGAAGUACAUUAAAGAGAGAUUUCAGAGGUGUUUGGAUCUUUAUUUGUGUCCGCGGGCUAUUAAAAUGAAGCUGACAAUUCAGCCUGAGGAUCUUGUGCCACAGCUCCCGAGUCCCAAGGAUUUGCAACCUUUUCCCACAACAAUGUCGAUGGUUUUCACUGGACAUACGGAUAUGGUGAGGAGCAUAAGUGCCGAAUGGAAGGGACAGUAUUUCGCUUCCGGAGGCGACGAUAUGACACUGAGAAUUUGGGAAAUAGCGACCGGCCGUUGCGUAAAAGUCGUUCCAUGUGGCGGAGUUAUAAGAAGUGUGGCAUGGUGUCCGAAUCAAGCAAUUUCAUUAAUAGCAGUCGCAGCUGAAAGAAAAGUACUUUUAAUCAAUCCUGGAGUGGGAGAUCAUGUUAUCACGAAAAAGACUGAUCAGCUUCUGGAGAUCAUUCCGGACAGUGAUAUUAUAGUCACUGAGAGGAUUCAAACAACAGUUCAGUGGGAACAAGCGGAAGGUGAUCUCUAUAAAAAUGGCAUCAGGGUAGUUUUGAACCAUUUCAAAAUCGUGAAACAAGUAACCUGGCACGGAAAGGGAGAUUAUUUUGCCACUGUUAUGCCAGAUGGACAGAAUCGAUCAGUGCUAAUCAAUCAAUUAUCUAAAAGAAGAUCGCAGCUUCCUUUCAGGAGGCCCAAGGGUCUCAUUCAGUGUGUUCUUUUCCAUCCGAUCAGACCAUUUUUGUUUGUUGCUACCCAGCGAAAUGUGCGAGUUUACGAUCUUGUAAAGCAGGAAAUGGUGAAAAAACUGCUCUCCAACUCGCAAUGGAUUUCCUCAAUGGCUAUGCAUCCAGGAGGCGACAACGUUUUGGUGGGAACUUAUGAUCGAAAGGUGGUUUGGUUUGAUUUGGAUUUGAGUACGAAACCGUAUCAAACUUUAAGAUUGCAUGGCACUGGAAUUCGCAGCGUUGCGUUCCACAAACGAUAUCCUCUAUUCGCUUCAGGAGCAGACGACAAAGGACUUAUUGUCUGUCAUGGCAUGGUUUACAACGAUCUGAUGCAAAAUCCACUAAUUGUUCCUUUAAAACGAUUAAGUGAUCAUGAAACUUUCAACGACUUUGGGAUCCUGGACGUCAUGUUCCAUCCAAUUCAGCCCUGGGUCUUUUCGGCUGGUGCCGAUUCGACGAUACGAAUGUACACUUAAGGCACAGAAUUUCAAUAAUUUUAGGAUGUUGCAAAAUAAUAGGAACAAUUCAAGUUCAGUAUUGUAAAUACUAAAUAAAAUUCCAGUCUGUGACUUAGGAAGUGUCGUCCUAAGAGUUAAGCGCUAUUAAGAAAAUACCUUAAACCAUACCUUAUACCAUUUCUUAUACUAUCUUUAUCGGAAAUAAAUAAAUAAUUACAGAAA